CUAACCUCAACUCACUUAAAUAUUACUCCCCUUUGCCAAUUAUGAGGCUCUUCUUUCACAUUUUACUACUACUCUUGAUUCAAUCACCUCCGGCCUCCACUCAUAACUACCAUGAUGCACUGACCAAAUCCAUCUUAUUUUUUGAGGGGCAGCGGUCCGGCCGGCUGCAGUCCGACCAGCGAGCCACGUGGCGGGGGGACUCCGGGCUGUCGGAUGGCUCGGAGGCCGGCGUCGACCUCCAGGGUGGUUACUACGACGCCGGCGACAAUGUCAAGUUCGGCUUCCCGAUGGCCUUCACCACCACAAUGCUGUCUUGGAGCGUGAUCGAGUUCGCCGACGCCAUGCCUUCCGACGACCUCUGGAAUGCCGCCGUCGCCAUCCGGUGGGCCACCGACUACCUCCUUAAAACCAUCUCCCAGCCAGGCCGUAUCUUUGUUCAGGUAGGCAAUCCGAUAAGCGAUCAUAACUGUUGGGAGAGGCCGGAGGACAUGGACACGGCGAGGACGGUGUACAACGUGAGUGCGGAGAGACCGGGGUCCGAGGUGGCCGGCGAGACGGCGGCGGCAUUAGCGGCGGCGUCGAUGGUUUUCCGGUCUCUUGACCCGGGCUACUCGCAGAAACUGCUGGAGAACGCAAUGCGGGUGUUCGAGUUCGCAGACAACUACAGAGGGGCCUACAGCGAUGACCCGGGACUCAGAGCUGGUGUCUGCCCUUACUACUGUGAUUUUGAUGGAUACCAGGAUGAGUUGCUGUGGGGAGCAGCAUGGCUAAGGAGAGCCUCACAAAAUGAUACCUUCCUUAAUUACAUACAAGAUAAUGGCAAAACGCUUGGAGCAGAUGACAACAUCAAUGAGUUUGGAUGGGACAACAAGCAUGCCGGCCUCAAUGUUCUUGUCUCCAAGGAAUAUAUGGAAGGGCAAGUACUCUCUCUUGAGUCCUAUAAGGAGUCUGCAGACAGUUUUAUGUGCACACUAAUACCAGAAUCCUCAUCAUCGCACAUUCAAUACACACCUGGAGGACUCAUAUACAAACCAGGAGGGAGCAACAUGCAACAUGUGACCUCCAUCGCCUUCCUUCUACUUGCCUACGCCAAUUACCUCUCAAAAUCAUCACAAACUGUUAAUUGUGGUAGCAUCACAGUCGGACCGGCAUCCCUCCGGCUUCAAGCCAAAAAACAGAUUGAUUAUCUCUUAGGGGACAAUCCAAUGAAUAUGUCCUAUAUGGUGGGAUAUGGAACACGGUAUCCACAACGGAUCCAUCACCGAGGUUCUUCUUUACCGGCGAUACGUGAGCAUCCUCAGUUCAUUGCGUGCAAGGAAGGGUCCAUUUACUUCAACUCCACCAACCCUAACCCUAAUCCUUUAAUUGGAGCAGUGGUUGGUGGGCCGGGAGAAGAUGAUGUUUAUGAGGAUGAUCGUGCCGACUUCCGUAAAUCAGAGCCAACUACUUACAUUAAUGCUCCAUUAGUUGGAGUUCUUGCCUAUUUUGUGGCAAACCCUAACCUAAGCGAUCACCUUAGCUAAAUAUGAGUUUUCACAUGUACAUAUGAUGGCAAUAUAGAUAGAAGAUUGGAUUGAGAAAAGCAAGCCCACGAGGGAUUUGAUUGAGGGGUAUUACUACCAUACAUGCCGAUGUUUCCUUUUUCUCUUUUUGAAACCAUACCGUCCAAAAGGAUUCUCAGCAAAAAUAUGGUUUUUCUUGUUUUGUUUUUUGUGUAACAAUUAAAGUAUGUUAUUUAUGAAAGUGCAUAUAGAAUGGGUCAUGGUUUUGUU